UCUUUUCCCCUCGGGAUCGGGAAGCGUUAAAAUAUUUAGAAGUACACAGAACCACGUGAAUUCGUGAAACAGUUUCAGAACUUGACAGACCGUCUGGACCCUGGCGACAGAGAAUUCAGUUAAAUUUAUUUAUUGUUUGCGGACACCAAAUAUAUCGAUGGGCAGGAAUAAACAGAAAGACAAACAGAAAGGGUCGGGAAAGGGUAAAAAGGAGUCUGCUGUAUUCAAAGUGGCCGGAGUGAGGAAACCCAAGAUCAAGUCGGUCAACACCAACCUCAAAAAGUUGAACUUUAAAAAUAAACAGAAGACAGAGGAUUCGAACAAAGUCUUUAAUUCCGUGCAAGAAUCCAUUACAGAAACAACAAAACUGACCAAAAAGAGACCUAUUUCCAAGUCAUCUACUGCAAAGAAACCUUUACCAGAUAUGGAUGAAGCAGCUAAACAAUUUGCUCAACUUUAGAGCUCUGCUCUCUGGAAAGGGACAUAACUCAGAUGGAUGAAUCGUAUCAAAUGUGAAGAUAGAAAACAUAUUUUAAGAUAUGGUGGAAUGUCACAUUUUAUAUUAAAGAGAACUGUGUACAGACAUGUGAAAUAACAAUAUUUAAUAAUUGCUAUGAAAAUCAUAAAUAUAUUGUACAGUAUUUUUUACAGCAAUUAAAUUUGUUUUGAGUUUC